GUGUCUCUCACCUUUUCGUUCGUCUCUUUCUCCAUCGCUGCUUCAAAGACGAAGAAGCUCCUCUUCCUUCUUGCCUCUUCGAAAAACCCAGAAAAGAAAAGAAAAGAAUAAAACAAAACAAAACAGAGAGAAACAUCCUCGGGACGUGCGUUUCAGUUCUAGUUUACCCAUCAAAAGUUUUGGAUUUCUUAGCAUGCUUGGUCUGUGAAGAUAGAAAGAACAAAAAAUGAAAGUUGAUUUUGCAGGAGGUGGCGUGGAAGCAGCAUUCAACGAACUAUUCACGGCGGUGAAGGUGGUAGUGCAAACCGUCCGAGCGUUUGGUCCCCAGCUCAAGAAGAUUGAAAACACCUUGCGCAAAAUAGAACCAAUCAUUGAGGAAUGGGACAAGUUCAACAAACGGCUGGACCGUAGUCCGACAGAGAUGGAUCCCAUCAAGGACCUAUUGGAUAGAGGCAAAGGACUGAUCGAGAAGUGCAAAAGGAUCCGCCGGCUCCACGAAGUAUAUGCACUCCAAGAGGCUGAAGGCAUUCAAUGCAGAAUUAUUGGGUGAUUUCAAGCUUUACAUCCAACUGCUGGAUGCGAGAAACAACGGCGAGAUGUUGUGGGAAGUGAAGGAGAUCAGGACAGAACUCAAGCAAGUCAAAGAGUUGAUCUGCCCCGGUCAAGUGAACGGUGUUGCCCUCCAGAGCAGACUCGGUGCUGCGGGCAACCUCGCGGUCCCUGACGCGCCUGAGUUCAUUGUUGGGUCAGUGGUGGAGGCAUCCCUGAGGAAGCUCAAGGACCAGUUGCUGAAGGAGGGAGUGUCUGUGAUUGUUGUGACCGCCCCAGGCAGGUGCAGGAAGACGAUGCUUAAGAAAUUGUGUCAUGACAUGGAUAUUGAAGUCAAAUUCAACAACAUCAUGUUCGUCCCUGUAUCGAAGAAGCCCAACCUGACAGACAUUGUCCAGAAAAUGUUUCAACAUAAUGGUCUCAAGGUUCCUGAGAUUGUAACGGAAGAUGAUGCAGUUCAUUACAUGCAGCAACUGCUCAUAGAUAUAGGCCAAAGUCCUGUGUUGCUUGUGCUGGACGAUGUCUGGACUGACUUGCAAUCCAUAAUAGAGAAAUUUGUCUUCAAGAAGAUAAAACAUUACAAGAUUGUGGUGACAUCAAGAUAUGAAUUUCCUCAUGUUGGUCUUGUGCAUCACCUGAACCCACUGCCUCAUGGGGAAGCCCUGGAACUUUUUUGUCAAUAUGUUGCUGUUGAUGGUAGAAGCUUGGUUGCACCAGAUGAUGAUAUCUGGGAUAAGAUAGUGAAUCGCUGCAAGGGAUUGCCGUUGGCUCUUACAGUCGUUGCCAAGUCUCUCCGAGGAAAGGAUCGUUCGUUCUGGGAAACAAAGCUUCUUAAUUUGUCCCAUUUGGGUUUGGACAGUGACAUUCUCGAUUGCCUCAGAAAGAGCUUGGAUGACUUGGAUGGUGACCCUUCGAUCAAGGAGCAUUUCAUGGACCUCGGCUCAUUUCCAGAGGAUCGCAAGAUCCCCGCCACUGCCCUUAUUGAUAUGUGGGUGGCGUUGUAUGGGCAAGAUUUCAAUGAAAUGCAGGCUGUUAAUGACCUCCAUGAGCUCGUUUACAGGAACCUAGCUGAUCUCGUAAUCACCAGGAGAGAUUCAAGUGAAGAGGAGGACAAAUGUUACAGCAGCCACUAUGCUACACAGCACGAUCUGCUUAGAGAGUUGGCCAUCAUGGAGCGCAACGUUCGAACACUCUCUCUCUCAAUGACCUUUAGGGAAAAAUUUAGUUUGUUGGUAGUUAAAUUAUCUUUAACCUUCUAUGUUCAUGAUGCAAAUGGAAGAUUCUCAACACCUUGGCCAAAUCUUCAAUUACCCGAAGCUGAGGCUCUUGUCUUGAACAUCGAGACCAAUCAAACCAAAACUUAUGCUUUGCCGGAAUUCAUUGAAAAAACAGAUAAGCUCAAAGCCCUAAUAGUAACAAACUUUAGUUUCUUUCCAGUUGAGCUAUGCAACUUCCAUGUUUUUGGGUCUAGUUUAAGGAGGAUUAGGCUCGAAUGCGUCACGGUUUCUCUCCAAAGCAUGGGAAAGCUACGCUUGAACAGUUUACAAAAGAUAUCAUUUUUCAUGUGUGACAUAGGGCAGGCUACGACGUUGAUCGAUGCCAAAAUCUCUGAUGCAAUGCCAAAAUUAGUGGAGCUCGAUAUCGACUAUUGCAAUGAUCUUAUGACAAUACCGGAUAGCAUAUGUGAGAUAAAGCCUCUAAAGAAGUUUAGCAUCAUAAACUGUCAUAAUUUCUCUGCACUCUCUAAACAACUUGGGCAAUCAACUUCCCUCGAAGUAGUUAGGCUUAAUUCGUGCACAAAUUUGUUGCAAUUACCAAACUCAAUUAGAACCCUCCAAAAAUUGAUGUCUCUCAAUAUAUCCGAUUGCCUAAACCUGAGCACUCUGCCCAAUCAAAUUGGUCAAUUAGAUAAUCUCAAGAAGAUCAACAUGAGAGGAUGUUUGAGGUUGUCUGUGCUACCACGGUCAAUCAUGAGGUUGAGGAACUUGAAGAAGGUGAUUUGUGACCAAGAAAGAGAAGUCUUGUGGGAGCCUCUCAAGAACAGUCUCAAUAGCUUGAAUAUAAUGGCGUUUGAAGAAGAGCCUAACUUAGAUUGGCUGUGUGAUUAAGAAGAGAGCUAUCAACCGAUGAUC